UCUAUGUGUACGAUUAUAGACUACAAUUUUUGACCGUAAAAAAUAAUGAAAAUAUUUAAAUACUGCAUUGUAUUUAAUUUUUGUACGUGAUUCAAAAGGUUGAGUCAAAAGAAUUAAUAAAAUCUGGAAGCCUAUAAAUAAUAGAAAUGUCGGGAUCACAAAAAUUGGAUCCAAAUAUGACUGGUGUGUGGGUGAACUUCUUCACGGCGGCAGGCAUACCGUCGGAAGUGUCUGCAACUUACGCCCUUACCUUCACGGAGAACAGAAUUCAGAAUGAUAUGUUGCUAGAUCUGAACAAGGAGUACCUCAGAGACAUGGGUAUUAUACGGAUGGGGGAUAUUAUUGCUAUAUUACGUCAUGCUAAGCAAGUACAUGAAAGCACAGCGCGGGAUAGAGUGCUGAGUACAACUGCUGUUAGCAACAAAGUGCCUGUGGCUGCAGUGACUGGGCGAUCUACCGUUACACAACCUUCUUCCCCUGCAAGUCGGAUGCUGGAGCACUACACACGGAACUCGCAUACACCAGACACCUCACCCGUUAGGGCUUCCCAACCGAAGAGGAGAUCUAACGAAAUGGCAACUGAUGAUAUGAGUAUCAAGAAGGCGCGCCUUAUACGUUUUGGAUCGCCGACACCAGCUAACUCGGCACCAAAGGAAGCACCAACAAGCAAGACGGUGUUCGCACGCCUCGGUAACUCAGACCAAGUCCCACAGAAGCCGUCCACCGUUCUGAAAUCAGUACCACAGAAACCAGUCCCCAAACAAGUGUUCUCCAGGCUCGGGGCUAAGGAUCGUCCAGAAAAAGAGGCCGUUCCGAAAGAAAAGGACGCGCUUAAAUACGAAGGUGUACUAAAAAGUGUGCCAGCUACAAAAAAGACGUUCACAGUUACAACAGGAUUGAAUAAUGUGAGGAAAAUCGCAGUUGGAACUAUGCGAGCUGAUGAAGCACCGAUAAGUGUUAAAGAAAAACUUGCCAUAGUUAAAACAAAGGCUACGGUUAGCAUCAAGGACAAAUUGGGUUUUAUUAAAACCUCAAAUAAGUCGGUAAAAUUCUCCAACCAUGUUGAGUACAAGGAAAUUGAGCCGAUCACAACUAAUACACUAGCUAAGCCAAUUAUUACCAAUGUUUUCAAUAAACCGGAGAGGAGGUUGUCUAUGCCCGAAGCUAAUAAUGGGGUUAAGGCCAGGCUUGGCUUGAAAAAUGAAAACAAUAAUAAAUUUACAAUAAAUCCAGGAGUGUUUAAUAGGUUAGGUGUAUGAUGGUUGGGUGCGUAUUUCGAAUGUGCAUCAUACAUUUUAUGACAGGAAUACUAACUUCAGGGCUUUGCGACAGCUUAGUACAGCGCAGCCAAGCCAUUAGAAUGAAACAAAUAACUUUGGCUUAGUAAAUGUAUAUUGGCUUAAAAAAAAUAAGUUUAACCGAUUUUCAUCUAUAGAAGCAAUAUAAAACCAAAGUACUCUAUAGUCACUGUGCAUGAAUACACUUACUGACUGUUAUUUAGCGCGUAUUUGGAGGCCAACAGAAUUUUUAUUUUCUACAGGUCCCUUUUGACCGCAACGCGUGUUAAUUUAAACCAUAUUGUAACAACUGCAUGACCAGAAUCAUAAAUUCCGAAAUUAUACGUAAUAGACUGGGUCCCAAAAUUUAAAUUGCCUCACAAUUUUGGGGGAACUCUGUUAAGCUUCUAGUAUCGCCCAAUGUGUUAGCGUUCUGGUACGAUGACGAUUAAUGGCCACAGGGUAAAAUGGGAAAGCAGGGCAGAAGAUUUUAG